AUGAAUGAUGAGACAACUGGUUAUGUUGAUGAUGCAGAGGAAUCUAACAUGCAAAUUAGUGAUGAAAGUGAUGAGGAUCUAGUUGAUGGCAUUGAUGAUGAGGAAGUACAUGAAAAGACUGCAGCUUCUGUUGAGGAUCUUCCUGAUCUUGGAGAACAGUGUAGUGAGAUGGAUGGUGAUUUGCAGAGUUCUCUGGCAGACUGGGCAAUUGAAUUUGGAAUCUCUCUUAUAGCUCUGUCAGCGCUUCUCAACUUGUGGAUCAGCACCACUGGUCCCAUGCACUGUCGCAUUUCAUCUAGUCAAGCUUCCAUGGUUUCAGACAGACUUCUUGCACUGAGAAAUUACAUACCAAUCGAGUUUGCUCGAAGGCCACGGGCUCUGAUUGAACGAUGUAGGUGGAAAGCCACCGAACUACGCCAAUUCUUGCUGUACACUGGUCCAGUUGUGCUGAGAGGUGUUCUACAGCCUCAGAUCUAUGACAACUUCAUGCUGUUGUCAGUAAUGCGCAGAUUAUCAGAGAUGGAAAAUGGCAGCUACAGUCCUGAUGUUAAAGAGGCAACUCAAAAACUGGAAAAUGAGCACAUGGAUGGGCCAGUACCAGAAUGCUUCUCACGACAAAACAUUGUUGAGGAUAAAGGAGUAAUGUACAUUGUGGCCAAUGAAUACAAACAGGUGGAACAGUUCUUUACAUAUCCUAUCGACUCAAGAGAGCUGGGAAUUUAUGUUGUUUCUAACCUCUCUACUAACAUCAAAAGUUUCAUGAUUCGAAAUAAGCCCCAGAAGUUUAUGUUUCACAUAGUUGUUUUUGACAACACCAAUGAGGUAGAAGUUGUGCCUUCCAGCUGGAUGAAAAAUGGAGAGUGCAUGUGGCCUCCAAAUAAAAUAGAUAUAGCAAAAGCUGUAAAAUUCCAAGAAUGUCCUGGAGAUGAAUGGAAGCCCCAUAAGGCCAGAAUUAUAUUCACAUACAAUGACUACAAUGAAGCUAGAAGAAAACUUCCUCAAGCUGUUGAUCACACUGACAUUGGAAGUGAUGGAGGGAACUCACCAAUUCAAUUUAAAAGAAAAAGAAUAAAGUUGCCCAAUGCUCCAAAGAUCGUGAGGCAGCACAAAGGUCCUGCAUUAGAACCAGUAAAGCAAAACAGCCCCAAGCUUCACCAAAGAGACCACAGAGCUUCUCAGGUCCACCCAAAAGGCCACAGUGCCGCUGACCUCCACCCAAAAGCCCACAGCACUUCUGACCUCCAUCGAAGAGGCCACAGCAGUCCUGAGCUUUUUCCAAGUGACGACAGCACUCCGGAGCUCUACCCAAGAGGCCACAGCAGUCCUGAGCUUUUUCCAAGUGACGACUGCACUCCUGAGCUCUACCCAAGAGGCCAUAGCAGUCCUGAGCCCAACCCAAGAGGCCUCAACAGUCAUAAGCUCCAUUCAAGUCAGCACUAUAGCACCAAGUUAUCUUCAAGCAAGCACACCAUCACUGAGCGCUGUACAUCGAGGCACGUCAGUCCUGAGAUUCGUCCAUUAAGGCAUGCCAGCAGUGAGAUUCACACAUCAAGCAACACCAGCAGUAAGAUAAGCAGAACAAAUCACGCCAGCAGGGAAAUUCUUAGAUCAUGCCAUGCCAGCUCUGAUAUCCGUAGACCAUGCCACACUGCACCUUCUCCAGACCCAUUGAAACAUACUGAGCCACACCAGUCCAGGGAGCAAACAUCUAGUUUGCAAUCAUCCCUCCUGCGUAAUAUAUUAACAAAACAGGAAAUGGUGAUGGACCAACUGCGAAUCAUCUUCAAGACCCUGCAAAGUAUGAAAUCGACUGAUGAGUCACAGACAGACCUGGCUCAAAAUGUGUUGCCACUUAAAGAUGUCAGUUCUCUUCAGGACAUAGAGGAACAACUGCGAAGUAAUCCUGACCUCCAGAAACAGUUGGUACACGCACUGGCUCUCAAAGGUGGGGUGGAUGUUCAUGAGUGCAUUUGGAGGAUUAUGCAUGGACUGGUUACUAAUGAUUUGGCCAAAAAAAUCAAUAUGAGAGGAAUAAAUGGAAAAAUUGGUUUCCAGCGUUUGCGUUUACGGGAUGUUGUGAUUGCGGCUGUAAGGCGUAACCACCUGACGUCUGCGGCCACAGAAAAGGAAAUCGAUUCCAACAUUAAGAGAUGGCUAUAUCUGGCCCCGGAUAGGGAUGGUGGCAGAAGAGAACGGAUGAAGAGAAAAGAGCGUCAGGAGAGUACAACAGGUUAACCGACUUGCGACUUGGUGCACAGUGCCCCAUGUUCAUGGACUGAAUCAGGUGUUAAAGUGUGCACAGUGCCUCCUGUUCAUGGACUGAAUCAGAUGUUAUAGAGUUGUGUGCACAGUGCCUCUUGUUCAUGGACUGAAUCAGAUGUUAAAGAGUUGUGUGCACAGUGCCUCUUGUUCAUGGACUGAAUCAGAUGUUGGAAGUGUGCACAGUGCCUCUUGUUCAUGGACUGAAUCAGAUGUUAAAGAGUUGUGUGCACAGUGCCUCUUGUUCAUGGACUGAAUCAGAUGUUGGAAGUGUGCAAAGUGCCUCUUGUUCAUGGACUGAAUCAGAUGUUGAAGUGUGCAAAGUGCAUCUUGUUCAUGGACUGAAUCAGAUGUUGAAGUGUGCAAAGUGCUUCUUGUUCAUGGACAAAAUCAGAUUUUGGAAGUGUGCAAUGUGCCUCUUGUUUAUGAUCUGAAUCAGAUGUUGAAGAUUUGUGUGCACAGUGCCUCUUGUUCAUGAACUAAAUCAGAUGUUGAAGUAUGCACAAUAUUGCUCAUUUCAUUCAAAUUGUUUUGCUCAUGGUUUCGUUUUAAUGAGGAACAAUAAAUAUUUGUUAAGAAUCCUGCUGUUUUUCUGGCAUUUUUCAUUUGGGCCAAGGGUGUGUAUAAAGUGGCUAGAUUGAGGUUUAGUUGAGGCUGACAUGUAGAAUCAAUUGUUUGGUCCUAAAAAGGACCAGAAUAGGGCCAGCUAUAGUCAUACAUUUGACUGAGAUAUGGCUAUGCCAUGGGCCAUAUGUGACCCAAGUUCUGGCAACCAGACCUGGUCCAGUCAUGUACCGUAAUUCAUUGCUGUAUUUGGGCCAAGUGAAAGUGGAUUGUGUGGCCCAUCACUGGGCCAAACCAAUUUUGCUAUGUGGGUAGUUAACUUAGCCCAGGCCAUUAGUAUUUAAAUGUGAAAAUUAUAUAACCUUGUUACAAACCCCUGCUCUUUAUUUUUGCGUAGUUUGGGUUUUUCUCUGUCCUAGUAGUGGUUGUCCAUUUGGAAGGGGGCGGAAACCAAUUAUCUAUGACACCUGAGGUAUGACUAUUUAAGAGCUGUUGUGAUAGUAGUUUUAUAGUAGUUUUUGUUGGGUAAAUUACUGAUCAUAUGCUGUAUUAAAAUUAUAUUAGGCCUAAGGCCUGUUGUUUCUACACAAGGCUAUAAGACACCCAGUUAAACUUUCGUUUUCUCAGUUAACUUUCGUUUCCUAAUUAAAAGAGUCCAGGUGCGAUCCUGCGACUAUACCCCGAUUGUUCUCGCCAUGAUUAUCUUGAGAAGCAAGGUCGAAACAACUGAUAAACAAGAGUACGUCAUUUUAGAUUAGAGAAUUCGUCCAGCUGUACUUCGCUACAUUAACAAGGUAUCUGUGCAAGCUAGGCCAAGGCCAUGAAAACCAAUAAACAGAAUAUAUCAUUUUAGAUAUGAGGCAGGAUGCAGCUGCACUUCUGCUGCAUCAAACAAAUAAAAUUAAUUGUGGCAGACCGAGACCAAUAAGAAGAAUAUACGUCAUCUCAGAUAAGAAGUGUUUGAUCUUACUGUAUAAAAAUGGAGUCAGAUGUUGGGAGGGCAGAUGAUCUUUUAGCGCCUCUAUGAGGGGUAUUGAUUGUCUCACUUUGUUGGCUCGAGCGAAUAAAGUAAUUUUUGUUUGGCACCUGGAA